AUGGCGGCCGGGGCUCGGGCCCCGCUGGCCCCGCGGCCAAGGCUGACCCCGCGCCCGCCGUGCCCACCGGGGCCCCCGCGGCCAAGGCUGGCACCGCGCCCAGCGCUGCCACCGCUGGCCCUGGCACUGGCCCUGCUGGCGCUGCCGGUGUCGGCGGGGUCGCCGCCCGGCCCCGGGGAGCAGCUGGCGGCGGCGGCGCCGCGCUGGGGCUGGCGGAACGUGUCGUGCCCGGCCUGCCGGGUGCUCUUCGGGGCGCUGGACCUGGCGCUGCAGCUGGAGCCCAACGUGGCCCGUGUGGGGCGCGUGGCAUCGCGGCUGUGCCAGGAGCUGCGGCUGGCGCGGCCGCCCGUGUGCCGCCAGGCCGUGCAGCUCUUCCAGGGCGACGUGGUGGCCGCCUGGGCCCGCUCCGUGCUGCGCCCGCCCGAGGCCUGCGGGCUCCUGCUGGGCCCCCGCUGCGGCCACUGGGACAUCCUGGGCGACUGGAACCUGUCGCUGCCCGCCGCGCCCAAGCCGCCGGUGCGGCCCCCUGCGCCGCCGCCGCCCGGAGCGCCCACGGCCCGCAUCCUGUUCCUCACGGACCUGCACUGGGACCGGCAGUACGUGCCGGGCAGCGCCGCCGCCUGCCCCGACCCGCUGUGCUGCCGCGGGGCGCCCGCCCAGGGCCCGGGGGCCGCGGGCUUCUGGGGCACCUACGGCAAGUGCGACCUUCCCCUGCACACCAUCGACGCGCUGCUGGCCCAGCUGCCCAACGGCACCGGCACCGGCGGCUUCGCGGCGGCCUACUGGACCGGGGACAUCCCGGCGCACGACGUGUGGCAGCAGAGCCGCGGGGACCAGCUGCGGGCGCUGCGCACGGUGACGGCGCUGCUGCGCGCCCGCCUCGGCCCGCUGCGCGUCUUCCCCGCCGUGGGCAACCACGAGGCCACGCCGGUGAACGCCUUCCCGCCGCCCUACGUACGCGGCAACCGCUCCGCUGCCUGGCUCUACGAUGCCAUGGCCGAGGCCUGGCAGCCCUGGCUGCCCCCCGCCGCCCUGCGCACCCUGCGGGCUGGCGGGUUCUACACGGCACAGGUCUGGCCUGGGCUGCGCGUCGUCUCCCUCAACAUGAACUUCUGCUCCCAGGCCAACUUCUGGCUUCUCAUCAACGCCACUGACCCCGCAGGGCAGCUCCAGUGGCUCAUGGGGGUCCUGGCAGAUGCUGAGCGUGAUGGGGAGAAGGUGCACAUCAUCGGGCACAUCCCGCCAGCCCACUGUCUGCGCAGCUGGAGCUGGAACUACUACCGCAUCGUCAGCAGGUUUGAGGGCACCAUCGCGGCUCAGUUCUUUGGGCACACGCACCUGGACGAGUUUGAGCUGUUCUACGAUGAGGAGACGCUGUCACGUCCUGUGUCCAUCGCCUUCGUCGCACCGAGUGUCACCACCUACAUCAACCUCAACCCCGGGUACCGCGUGUACGAGGUGGCCGCCUCCUACCCCGGGAGCUCCCACGCGGUGCUGGACCACGAGACCUUCAUCCUCAACCUGACGGAGGCCAACGCGGCGCCCCCGGGCACGGCCCCGCGCUGGCGGCGGCUCUACGGCGCCCGCGAGGCCUACGGGCUGCCCGCCACCUUCCCGGCCGACUGGGACCGGCUGGUGCGGCGCAUGCAGGACGACGAGCCGCUCUUCCAGCUCUUCUGGUUCCACCUGCACAAGGGGCACCCGCCCCGCGAGCCCUGCGGCGCGCCCUGCAAGGCCGCCCUGCUCUGCGCCCUGCGCUCCGGCCGCGCCGCCGACCCCGCGCUCUGCCGGCCCCUGCGCCCCGCGCUGCCCUUCCCGCACAUCCAGCAGCUCUGGCUGCAGCGGCGCCUCUGCUGAGCCUCGGCCGCAGGGGCACGGCUGGGACACGGGGACACCCAGAGCCCCUGGGACGUGGUGACACUGGGAAACCCUGGGACGCGGGGACACCGGGAGCCCCUGGGACAUGGUGACCCUAGGAGCUCCUGGGAGAUGGGGACACCGGGAGCCCCUGGGAUGUGGUCACUCCAAGAGCCCUUGGGACAUGGUCACACUGGGAGCUCCCAGCACAUGGUUACACCAGGAGCUCUUGAGAUGUGGUGACAGCCCGGGACACGGUGCGUGGUGACACUGGCAGCAGGGUCAGCAGUGGUCUCACUGGAGGCAGGGCAGGGACACGGUCACACAGGGAGCAGGGCUGUAUCCAGCACAGGUCACAGCAGGAGCGGGAUCGGUACGAGGUCACUGGGAUUGGCACGUGGUCCCCAUGUCCCACCAGUUACACAAUAAAGGCACAAUGGACACCA